UCGCUACACGUGAAAAAUAAAUGUUUCAAGAAACGAAGAUGAAUUUCGAUUUUUCUUCAAGUGACAGUAGUUCUGGAAGUGAAGAAGAUGUCCAAGAGAGUGUACAAAUGGUGUUCAAUGCAAUGAGACAAGAAUUGUCUAAAUGUUCAGUCAAAAAUCCUCAACAGAAUGAAAAGUCAUCUAAGUUCGCGGGUCGCAAGAUCGGCCAACAUAGGAGAGUGCUUGAUACCUUUAAUAACAGUGGUAGUGAAUCAUCAGGUGAUGAAGUGGAAACUAUUGUCAAUGCAAAAUCUUUAAAAGGAUCGAGUACUUAUUCAACAGAAUCACUCGGAUAUUUUAUUGACAAAGGCCCUGUUACAAGCCACAACACUGAUCAUGUAUCAAAUAAUCCAGAUAGUAAUGUUGUCUCAUUUGAUUUAUCAAACUUAGAAACGGAACAACCAACUAUUCAAAUAACUGAUAGUGAAGAAGAAGCAAGUAUUCAAAACAAUGACAAUGAAGGAAAUGCUGAACAUUCAGUCAACGAAGUUGGCAAUGCAUUACUGGCUGAAAUCGCUGAGAAGAAAAAGUCAAAAAAGAAAAGGCACAGAACUAGAAAUAAAAAGCAACCAAAGAAAAGUGACGAUGCUUUGUCUUCCAGUCUUCAAACAGGGGUUGAGAUGAAUGAUGUUUAUGUGAAUGUUGAUCCUUUCAACAAUCCCAAGUCAAAGAAAAAUGUCACCAACUACAUUAGGCAGCAACAGGAACCGGAGAUAAUGAAGAAGAGUGUCAUAUCUGAUGAUUAUGAAAAACAAGACUCCAUUGCCAGCACUCAUGUUAGCAUUCGACAACAGAAGAAACAGAGAAAGGUUGAGCGGGAAAAGACAAAGGGAGGUAAAUGGUUCAACAUGCCAGCCACAGAGAUAGAAGACGAGCGAAAACACGACCUUGAGGUGCUACAGAUGAGAAAUGUCCUUGAUCCAAAACGAUUCUAUAAGGCCAACGACUUGAAGAUCGCACCAAAAUACUUUCAGUUUGGACGUGUGGUUGAGGAUCCAACAGAUUUCUACAGUUCUCGUAUUCCGAAAAGACAGCGAAAGUCCACCAUUGUUGAGGAACUCCUGGCAGAUUCACAGUUUAGACAAUACAACAAGAGGAAAUAUGAAGAAGUGCAAGAGGCUAAGAGACUUGGAAAGGGGCCGUAUAAACACAUGAAACGGCUGAAAAAGAGGAAGCGCUAGAUGUAGAGGGGCUGUAUAAGAAUAAUAAAACUGUUAAAUGGAAAAGGGAUGUAUAAACAAAUGAAACUGCUGAAAAAACUAAAGGAUGAAUCGAUUGGCGCUGUAUAAGAAAUCAUUUAACUGCAAAAAAAGUUAUAUACACAUGAAACAGCAAUGUUUUGGAACAUCUCGGCCAUCUUAAACAAACUUGGAUGUAUAUUUAUGGUUUUCAAUUUCAGAAUUCUUAACAUUUAACUAUGCCGUAAGUUGAUUGCUAAGUAAUUUGAAUUUAACAGUUAAACAUUAGGGCUUUACUCUUAGGCAUCUUAACUAUUUAUGCAAUGAUACACUUGACUGGGAAUCAAUUUGAGCUUUGCAAUACAGAUAACACGUUAAAACACUACAAUUAACUAUUGGUAUUGUUAUCAAUUUUACGAACUACUUUUACUGAUGAUAUCAAUAAAAAUGGCUGAGUAAUUCCAAUUAAUGAAACUGCUGAAAAAGAGAUAUAUGCAGAGGGACUGAUUUAGAAUUAUGAAAACUGCAAAAAAAUUGCAUAAGGGAGUGUAUUAACACAUUAUAUAUAUAUGGAAAAAUAAAUGAUGAACACUUGAUUAACUUCAAAAAUUGAGUAUUGUUGUUGAAUAUGUGUUUUGUUUAAAAUUUGUUGCUGUCAUUAAAGAUGUAAAAUUU